GAAUAUAGGCAUGUGUUUACGAUAUCUACGCUUCUGAUACGUUUGCGCAGCUGUGCUAACGUUCAAGAGAGGACGAGGCGGUAGAUUGAAAUUGAAACACAACAGACGGUUUAUUUAUCAAAAUCACACGGAUCGAGGACAUCUCAUUCAAUAACGGUCUGGAAACACGCUUGUUAUGAAUCCCUGGGACCCCAUUACCUACACAGUGACACCUUCUGCUAAGAUUCUAGCUAGAUGUGUAACAUCAGGCACCAUGACACAGGAGGAGCUGGAUACCCGCCCACUGGAUUCAGAAGUCUUUUCCACAUCUUUACUUGAAGCUGAGCAGCUGAACAGAAUUAGACGUGAUCUUGAUCAGGCUAAUUUAGAUUUAGAGCUGCUGAAGCUGGAAAGAGACAGUGCAGACGUCACUCACACUUAUUACCUCAGUCAAAGGUUUGCUUCCUUGCAACAGUUCACAUCCCACCUUCAGGAUGUGUUGCGAGAACAGACAGUCCUACGAGAGAGACUCACAAAGCCACUUUGUCAGCAGAACCUGCCCAUUCAUGCUGAUCUUCACAGAUAUGUGGUAGAGCUUAUGGGGAUGGUGGUGGAGUUCAUUCAGAACUUGGAAGUGAAAAUUAAGGUGGUUCAAGCAAUUCCAAAAACUGACAGUUAUCUGAGUAAUUUGAACAGUGCCAUAACUCAACUGCUGGCUCAUGGCACUGAAGUCGAAAACCUGUACAAGCAAGUUCUUAAGCGACGAGGCCAUCUGCACACCAACAUUAAAGACACGUCCAGUUGAUUUCAGAAUGUUCAAAUAUAAUGACACCUACCAUUUGUUCAGGAUACUAGUGAAUAUUAAAUUAAUAAAAAAUAACUAAAGAUCAAUGACUAGAUUUAGUAUACAUUUUUACAGUUUUGUAUUCUGUAUCUUCAAACUAUGUAACAUUCAUGUUUUGUUUCAUAUUGUCUAUUUUGUAUACCUACUGGUUGCUGACACAGGCACAUUAGAGAAAACCGAUUUGAUUUGUUUUAAUUCAUGGAUUACAUACAUAUAUACUGCAGCAACAUGUAAAUAUUGAGACGUGAUUCAUUUU